AUGGGUCCGACAGGCGAAAAGGGUGAACCGGGUCGAAAUGCUUCUGCCGCACUAGACGGAGAAUCUGGCAAUCCUGGAGGAGGUGGAUCGGUUUUUGUCAUCCCUCUUAAUCUUGGCACAGGAGACCAGAGCUAUGCCAGACAAGCAAACUUCCGUGAAAUUCUCCGGCAACAUCUGAGUGUGCCAGCCAUUUUUUUGGAGAAAUCAGUUGCCUACAUAAAUACGAUAUCAGCGGUAGUAAAAAUCCUGCCCUACAAUGCCUUACCUUAUCUUAUAACAGACAAGUCGAAAGAAAAUUCCAUGUCAUUGGGCAAGAUUGAAGAAAGGAAACGUUUCGAGGUGUACGAGGGCAGCGAGGUGCAACCGGCAUUACUGGCCAUGACGGCUUGGUUGGCGACCGAGGAUCCAAAGGAGAAUCUGGACCCCAAGGCGAUAUGGGUAUGCAAGGCGCACGUGGAAGACCCGGUCCAAUGGGUAGAGCCGGACCAAGAGUAA